UGGGGCAGAUGGCGAGUGGGCGGGACCUGGGAUUUGAGAGGAAGGUGCAUGGUGUUGAGUAAGGGGGAGUGAAGAUGGCGCUACCUGGGCUCUGUGCGGUUGUGUGCGGCGCUUUGUGGCUCCUCUUCGGGGUGACAUCGGCUUCUAUGGGCUUCCUAAACCUGGAGGAGCUUACGGAGAUGAAGUACGGGAUCGAGAUCCUGUCGGAACCGGUGAUUAAAGGCCAGAGCAAAGCUGACAACAUUGUUACAAUUGCUUCCAAGUACAAGCAGAACUAUGAAUGUAAGCUUCCUGCCGUGGCUGUGAAAUUUCAGCAGGAGAAGGAAGACGACCCUCAGACCUACUCCGGACUUGGAAUAUCAGAGCUGCUGAAGCCCAUGGACGCAGCACCUUGUCUGACAAAGACCAAAGACUGGUGGACUUAUGAGUUUUGCUAUGGAAAGCACAUCCAGCAGUACCAUAUUGAAGAAUCUGAGGUGAAAGGAGAUAUACUAUAUCUAGGGUACUAUCAGUCUGAAUUUGACUGGAACAAUGAAACCGCAAAGGCAUCAAAACAUCACAAACUAAAGCGAUACCACAGCCAGAUGUACGUGAAUGGCUCCAAAUGUGAUCUGAAUGGCAAGCUCCGAGAAACUGAAGUCAGAUUUGUGUGCGAAGAAGGUUCAGGAGACUAUAUCGCUCGUGUGGAUGAACCGCAGUCUUGUACUUACGUGCUCACCAUUCACACCACCCGCAUCUGCAAUCAUCCCUUCCUGCGCCCUCCUUCCACUGGCACGCCGCAGCCUAUAAAAUGCCAUCCUGCACUAAGCCCUGAGCAGUAUGUAGAGUAUGUAAAAGCACAAGUGUAUGACACAAAGCGAAUAGUGGAGGAACUUUCUGAAGAACUGAAAACCCUUGAUCUUAAAUCAAUGGCUCCCAAAAGUGCAGGAUCUUUAGAUCAAGGAAAACCUCAGGAGACCACAGAAACCAAAGAGGAGCAUCAGCAAGUGGAGACUGGAUCUGAAUCCUUUUCAGAAACUCGGAGCACAGAAGAUGAAAAUGCUGUAAAUCUAGAGAAGGAAGAGCCUGAUUUGUGGAAUAACAAAGCGCAGAGCACAGAAACACAGACUCCAGAUGGUGAUCCUACAGAAGGAACAUUCCCCAGUCUCAGAGCUCCAGAUGGAAGGACAGAAGGUUCGCCAAGACCUCUUCGCUAUAGAAUAAUCAGGAAUCCAGAAGACCUAGUUAAGCUUAUUGCAGACCUAAAGAAAACUCAUAAAAAGGAUUCUAAAAGUGAAAGUGAAAGUAAAGAAUUACACAGCGAUCAAGAUUCGACCCCGGUGUCUGAGACACAAGAUCCCGAGGAUGAAGAUGAGCAGGCCCUCAUGCAGGAGUUUGAGAAGGAGCUGGAAAAUAUUCUACUCCCCAAGUCUGAUGUUUCCCAGAUAAAGGAAAAUGUGAAAACAGAAAUGGAGAAGGAGUUUAAUAACAUUAUUGAUGAGGCUCAGGAGGAGUUGGAAACUGAAGGCCUAAAGGGUGAAUUUGAUAGAAAACAAGCCUCCAAGUCACUUGCCACAGCACUGAACAAGUUGAUUGAUAAACUAGACAAUACCGCUGUAGAGAAAGGAGAAGAGACACAGACUACGGAGAGCAGUGAGGUCACCACACCCGAAAGCGGUGAGGCUGCUUCUAAAACGCCAACAGAUGACCGUUCGGAUGGCCGUAUAAAAGUCAGGGUCACAAAGAUACGGCGCGGCAGCUCUGAGCAUCCUGAGAGAAAGGAAAUGAGCAGCGAAAACCCACAGCUGAGACACAUUGAGAAAGAUGUUAAAGACCUGCUUGAAAAGGAAGGCCUGAAGGCAGAAGGUAAAAUAGAGAUUAAGAUACUUACAGGUGGUUUUGGGGAUGAUGAUGAUGGCCACUGGCUUUCAGAAGAGGACACAAGGAACCUGAAAGAUAUAUUUUUCAACAUAUUGAUACAGGGGUCAGAAGAUGCUCACAAAGAGCAGAAGCGACAACAACAGCUCGAGGACAAUUACCGCUUUGUCUGGAACCAGAAUAAUGAGGACUCUAAGAGCACCAGCACCUCCACAGACUCGGAUGAUGUAGAUUUCUAGACCUCCGACCUUGACCCGUGGACUCAAGCUUUGUAACAAAUCUGUUAGGAGGAGUGCUGCUUCAAGGGAAUGGUGGUCUGCAAGCCUAGCUGGAUCUCGGCUUCGCCUGCAAUAGUUUAAAGCAGUGUUAGAUGACUUGCUGGAUGUGUGCAAAGGCCAACUAGGAGAAUAAAAAAUAAGUAUUUAUAUAUA